AGCUCCUUUGCUCUUUGCUGAGAAUCUCUCGACAGACAAUGGAUUGGGUUCUGUGCGCGUGCGUGUGCUUUGCCUUGGUUCUGUUUCUUGUAGCGUUCAAGUUGAAGUGUCGAACUUCCCCGCAUGGACCCCGGGAGCCCCCGCACCUCCCGUCGCUCCCUUUCAUCGGAAGUCUGCUGAGUCUGAGAAGCGCGCAUCCUCCUCAUGUGCUUUUCCAGAAGCUCCAGGAGAAAUACGGUCAGACGUAUUCGCUGAUGAUGGGCUCGCACAGAGUCAUCAUCGUCAACCAGCAUUGUCAUGCCAAAGAAGUCCUGCUCAAGAAGGGGAGAUUGUUCGCAGGACGGCCGCGAACAGUAACCACAGAUAUUCUGACCAGAGACGGGAAAGAUAUUGCUUUUGGAGACUACAGCGCUACCUGGAAGUUCCACAGGAAACUCGCGCAUGGAGCUCUCUGCAUGUUUGGAGAAGGUUCCGCUUCAAUCGAGCACAUCAUCUGCACACAGGCUCAGUCUCUUUGCUCCAUCCUUGUGGACAAAGCUGAGGCAUCACUGGACUUUUCUCCUGAGCUGACGCGCGCCGUCACCAACGUGGUGUGUUCUUUAUGUUUCAACGCCACAUACUGCAGAGGAGAUCCUGACUUUGAGGCCAUGCUUCUUUACAGCCAGGGCAUUGUGGACACUGUAGCCAAAGACAGCCUGGUGGAUAUUUUCCCUUGGCUACAGAUUUUUCCCAAUUACGACCUGCGGCUCCUGAAACAAUGUGUUUCAAUCAGAGACCAACUUCUCCAUAAGAAAUACGAGGAACACAAGGCAACCUACAGUGAUCACUUGCAGAGAGACCUCAUGGAUGCUCUCCUGAGAGCCAAGCGCAGCGCCGAGAACAACAACACGACGGAAAUGAGCGGCGAGGGUUCAGUGGACCUCAGCGAUGACCACAUCCUGAUGACUGUGGGGGACAUCUUUGGAGCCGGUGUGGAAACCACCGUCACUGUCCUCCGAUGGGCCAUCAUCUACCUCAUCCAUCACCCUGAGGUGCAGAAACGCAUCCAGGAGGAGCUAGACAGCAAGUUAGGAUGUCAGAGUCCCCGCCUUAGUGACAGAGGCAGUCUGCCACACCUGGAGGCCACCAUCAAGGAGGUGCUGCGGAUCCGUCCCGUGGCGCCUCUGCUCAUCCCCCAUGUGGCGCUCUGUGACACCAGCCUCGGGAAUUUCAAGGUGCAAAAAGGAACCCGAGUCAUCAUCAACCUGUGGUCUUUGCACCACGACCAGAAGGAAUGGAAACACCCUGAGCGCUUUGAUCCCGCUCGAUUCUUGAACAGUGACGGCACAGGUCUGGUCAUCCCAUCGCCCAGUUACCUGCCUUUUGGAGCUGGGAUCAGGGUGUGUCUAGGAGAAUCCUUAGCCAAGAUGGAACUUUUUCUUUUCCUGGCCUGGAUUCUGCAGCGCUUCACGCUCUCUACCCCGCCAGGUCAACCCCCUCCCCUGUUGGAGGGCAAGUUCGGUGUGGUCCUUCAGCCCGCCAAGCACAAGGUGACCGCGAUACCCAGACCAAGCUGGAAGACAAACACGUGCGAGGCUUGCUAACUUUAUGUUACAGUGGAGCGUUUGCUGGUCAAACAUCUCAAGCCAAACCUCCACACAUCAGUGCAAAGUCCGUCACACCGGGGGCUUCGCUCUAUCACGGCUUUUCAGAAAUACACAGCGUUCCCUCGUGUAUCGCAAGAGAUAGGUUCCAAAAUAGCCCGCAAUAAGUGAAAUCCGCCAUGCCGCCUAUGGCCAUGUCUCUUUGUCCUGGGGCUGUUCGGCUGUAGUGUUUUUGUAUCCUUGUUAAAACAUAUUGCUCUUGUCGCGGUGUUUGCCUCACACGGUUAGCUUCUCCUGUUUCUCUGUUGUUUACAGUAUUGGCGGUGAGCAAGCAGCUCACACGGUUAGCUAGUUUGGUAGCCAGGACCACAACCACAACCACAACAGAAGGCGGCACAAAGGAGAUUGAUUGACAAUGGCCUGCAGCCAAUCAGGACACAGAAAACAAUGAGUGGUGCAGACAGAAGAGACAGAAUAGAGACACCGCUGCCUGUGAACUACAACACUAAAACAAAACAAAAAAAAAAUAUCAACAAAAAAAGAAAAACACUAAAAAAAAAAAAAUGGAGAUGGAGCGAGGGAACACUGUAUUCCCAAAAUCAAAUCAUGUCGUUUCGUGGUCGGUCAAGAAAUAUGCCUAUUUAAGCUAAUGUUAUGUCUUUUUUUGCCAAAAUUAAGCAUUUUAAAGCAUAUAAAUGGCUAAAUGAAUUAAAAUACAAAUAUAAGGCUCUAAUGUUUGGUUAGACGCACAAGCACCAGACUUUUAUUGCAGGUUUGAAUUAUCUCACAACAUGCACAAUAAUCCCUAACAAAAACACAAGCUACUGUUGCAGCCGUAACCCACGCUAAGCUAAAACUCAACUCUGAACACAUUUACAGCAAUGCACACGAGCCUUAUUUAUGUCUUAAAUGGCUUAUUUUCUCUUAUCAUGUCUACUAUAUUGUUUAAUGUGAGUGUAAAAGUGACUGUAGGGGUGUUAUUUCAUGUCUAGAGGGCUUUAAUAAUGUUAAAGAACAUAUUUAGAAGGUUGUAAACACGUUUUCUAUGUUCUAACUAUCAAAAUAUUCCAUUUGUGUUGUUUCAAACUGAUGUGUGUGUGUGUGUGUGUGUGUGUGUGUGUGUGCAUGUGUGUGUGCGUGUGUGUGUGUGUGUGCAUGUGUGGGUGUGGGUCAAAAUUCCUCCACAGCGCUGUAAGAGACUCAUUGCAAGUUAUGUUGCUGCUAAGGGGGGCCCAACCAGUUAUUAGAUUUAGGGGGAAAUCACUUUUUCACACAUGGACAUGUAGGUUUGGAUUUUUUUUUCUCCCUUAAUAAUAAAAUGUUUCAUUUAAAUACUGCA